AUGUGGUGGAUGCUGUUUCCGCGCUGGAUCUGGUUCCUGACGUGUGUGUCAGUGUGGAUGGAGCUCCAGGUCGGAGUUUUGACCCACAUUGACUAUACGCACGGGGGGAUCUGCCCCAAUGAUAUGAACCCCAACCUGUGGGUAGACGCCAUGAGCACCUGCACACGAGAGUGUGAAUCUGACCAGGAGUGCGAGUCCUAUGAGAAGUGUUGUCAAAAUGUGUGUGGGAAUCGAAGCUGUGUGGCAGCCCGUUAUGUGGAUGGAAAGAAGGGCCCCGUGGGAAUGCCAAAGGAAGCAACCUGCGCCAAUUUCAUGUGCACUCAGCAGGGCUCUGAGUGCGACAUCUGGGACGGUCAGCCGGUGUGCAAAUGCCGGGACCGCUGUGAGAAGGAGCCACAUUUCACCUGCGCCUCUGAUGGCAUGACCUACUACAACAAGUGCUACAUGGAUGCAGAGGCGUGCUCUAAGGGCAUCACCCUGACCGUUGUCACGUGCCGCUUCCAUCUGAUGUGGCCCAACACGAGCCCUUCUCUGCCCCAGGUGACCACUCUCCGGCCAACCACUGCGACCCUUCAGGCGACUAUCCCACCCACCACCGAGCCUCAGCCACCUGUACUGAUAAGCAGCCCCACUCCACAGACUGUGAAUGUCGGGGAAACGGCAAGCUUCCUGUGUGACAUCAUCGGUCGCCCCCGGCCUGAGAUCACAUGGGAGAAGCAGAUGCCUGAUGGGGUAGAGAGGGUUCUCAUGAGGCCCAAUCAUGUUAGGGGUAACAUGGUGGUCACAAACAUCGGUCAGCUUGUCAUCUAUAACGCCCAGCUGCGUGAUUCAGGGGUCUACACCUGCACGGCUCAGAACCCAUCUGGUUUAGUGCAAGCCAAACACCCAUUCACUGUGCUGCCCACAGAGUUACACAAAACUCCUGAACCCAAGAACCAGACCCGCUGCCUGCCUGACGAAUGUCUGAAACCCCUUGACAGCGCAGAGGAUUGUGGGAGUGAGCUGCAGAAAGUCAGCUGGUACUACGAGUCCAAAUCCAACAACUGCUUCUCCUUUACGCACUGCCACAACAACAGCCAGCAGCCCAGGAAGGUGUUCCAGACAUAUGAGGAGUGCAUGCAGUGCUGUGGUCCGGAACUGUCUGGCCCCUGUGGGCUCCCCACCCUGCAAGGCCCCUGCAAGGCAUACGAGCCGCGGUGGGCGUACAGCACCACCCUACAGCAGUGUCAGUCCUUCAUUUACGGAGGUUGUGAAGGAAAUGAAAACAACUUUGAAUCUAAAGAAGGCUGCGAGGAGAUGUGCCCCUUCCCAAAAAACCAAAACUGCAAGGCCUGUAAGCCGAGAGGCAAGAUGGUGACGAGCUUCUGCCGCAGCGACUUCGUCAUCCUGGGUCGCAUGUCUGAGCUCACAGAGGAGAAAGACUCAGGCCACGCCCUCGUGACUGUGGAGGAGAUCUUCAAAGAUGAGAAGAUGGGUCUCCGCUUCUUUGGCAAGGAGCCCCUGGAGGUCACUUUCAUCAACAUGGACUGGAACUGCCCAUGCCCCAACAUCACAGCUGCUGCUGCAGAGGGCCAGGUCAUCAUCAUGGGCAAUGUCAGCGAUGGCAUGGCCAUCCUUCAGCCUGAGAGUUACAUGGGAGCAUCUAGCCCUCGUCGGGUACGGAAACUGAAAGAGGUCAUCUCUAAGAACACAUGUGACAUUCUCAAAGCGAUCACCAACAGCCCUCAGUAG